AUGGAGAAUUCAGAAGAUAACACACCGAAGGAACACAACAGACCAACUACUGGAUCUGUGGCACCGGCCGACAUCGAGAACCAAUCAUCGUCGUAUACUUCGAUCCUCCGGCGAUGGCGAAGAGAAGAUUUAUUGAAGAAAGGUCAGGUUGUUCUAAGGACGAUAGGUUUGGUCUUCUCAGUGCUUUCGUUUAUAAUCAUGGCUGCUAACAAGCACGGCAACGGUUGGGAGAAUUUCGAUAAAUAUGAAGAAUAUAGGUAUUUGUUAGGGAUAUCCCUACUUUCAACUCUUUACACGAUUGCCCAGAUUUUGCGCCAAAUUCACGAAUUCUCUACCGGGAAAUACAUUUUGUCGCAGCAGGGAUUGAACUUACUGGAUUUCUUUGGCGAUCAGUUCAUGGCGUACAUGUUGAUGUCUGCGGCAUCAACGGCAGUUCCAUUGACGAAUAGGAUGAGAGAAGGAGCAGAUAACAUAUUCACAGACUCAUCUUCGGCGUCAAUAAGUAUGGGUUUCUUGGCCUUCAUGGCUAUGGCUUUGUCUGCCCUAAUAUCUGGAUAUAACCUCUCUACUCAAACUUAUAUCUGAUUUUUCUCUAU